AUGGACAAGAAGCUGGAUAUCUUCAGGAGGGAGUUAGUGGAUGUUCAGGGUGUCCCCCUCUUCUGGAGUAUUGCUGAGGAGUGGUCCCAGGUGGAGUCAUUUGAGGCCCGACCAGAUGACCUUCUGAUCUCAACCUACCCCAAAUCCGGAACAACCUGGAUCAGUGAAAUAUUGGAUUUGAUCUAUAAUAAUGGGGAUGUGGAGAAAUGCAAACAGAACGCAAUAUACAAACGAGUGCCGUUCAUGGAAAUGAUAAUUCCUGGACUGGAUAAUGGUGUGGAGGAUUUGAAAAAAAAGCAGUCUCCUCGAUUAGUGAAAACACACCUACCUGUUCAACUUCUCCCUUCUUCAUUUUGGAAGAAUAACUGCAAGAUGGUCUACGUGGCACGAAAUGCUAAAGAUGUGGCUGUGUCUUACUAUUAUUUCUACCAGAUGGCAAAACUGCAUCCAGAGCCUGGCACCUGGGAAGAGUUCCUGGAUAAAUUCAUGACUGGAAAGGUGUCUUUUGGUGCGUGGUAUGAUCACGUGAAGGGCUGGUGGGAGAAGAGGAAUGAUUAUCGUAUUCUUUACCUAUUCUAUGAAGACAUGAAAGAGGAUCCAAAGCGUGAAAUUCAGAAAUUGUUAAAGUUUCUAGACAAAGAUCUGCCAGAAGAAACUGUGGAUAAAAUCAUCUAUUACAGCUCUUUUGACGUGAUGAAGCAGAAUCCAUUUACAAAUUAUACCACUGUAGCAGGAGUUCGUAUGGAUCAUUCCAUAUCUCCCUUCAUGAGAAAGGUGGCUGUGCUGUUUUACAUUCUCACCAGCAAUAAACGAGAGUUCCUGUUGCCAGGAUUUGACGUCUUCAUGUUCCAGAUUUUGGGACCAUGCAAAACUUUAGAAGCGCGAUGUGAAGCAGCCGUGGCUUCGGCACUGUGGAGUUUGGUGGUGGAUUGUGGUGGUUCUUUUACAGCAAACAACACUCCCAAAAAUGCGUCCAUGAAACCAGACUCCAUUAGUAUGCAAUGGGAACGAAACUGGGAAAAGAAAAGAAACGGUUUUAUAUUAAGCCCAAGUUCUAACGAGAAAUGGAAACCACAGACAGAAGUAUGGACAGUGGAAGCAGCUGCUCACCUUUCCCAGGCCUGA